AUGUCUGAUGAGGAUAAACUUCACAACUUCAUUUCAGGCAUGCAAGGCUGGGCUCAGAAUGAACUACGAAGGCAGAAUUUUAAAGAUCUGCCCGGGGCUAUUGCUGCUGCCGAUUCACUAGUGGAUUUUCGGACGACUCGUCCUUCAACAGACGUCCCCUCCACUUCAAAAACUAAGAAAAAGAAUGAGAAGAAAGGGGACUGGAGAAAGGAUAGUCGUAAAGACAAUACAAAUGAUAAAGGAAAGGCACAAAUGAAGGAUGGGAAAGACAGGCCAAAGAAUAAAGAUGGAAAUUCGAAGAGCUGUUGGACUUGUGGUGGUCCUCAUUUGGCCAAAUCUUGUCCAAACCGAGAAAAAGUGAAUGCUUUGCUUGAUGGUAACUUGAAUCAAAGGGAAGAGGAUGAAGAAAUCAUGGCUGCAAUGGCCAACCCAUUGGGAUUGUCCUUCAAUCACAUUAUGGGGAUCAAUAAUGUUGGAGAAAUCUCUAGUACUUCGAAUCCUCAUGCUUCCUUAAUUCAUAUAGAAAUGAAAGUGAAAGAACAAUGUGUGAUGGCAAUGGUUGAUACAGGGGCCACACACACGUUUGUAGAUGUGAAGAUUGCUACAAAAUUUUGGCUGAAGUUGUCUAAAAGCCCUUCCUACGUCAAAACAGUCAAUGCUAAGGCACAAGCCAUUGUGGGCAUGGCUUAUGGUGUGUCUAUGUCAACUGAAAGUUGGGUGGGAAAACAUAACUUGAUGGUGAUGCCGCUUGGUGACUUUGAAAUCAUACUUGGGAUUGAUUUCCUAAGGAAAUUCCAGUUUGUUCCAUUUCCUCACUUAGAUAGAGUGAUGGUCAUGAAUGGAAGCAAUGUUGGUUUUCUCAAAGGUGUUCAUCCGUUUGGGGACAUUAAUAAAGUUGCAAAGAAGAAAGACAAGGAAAUGUUGUUGUCUGCUAUGUCAAUCGACAAAGGGCUGAAGAAAGGUGAAGACACUAUACAUGCUGCCUUGGUCGAAGUGAAACCUGAUGUGAAGAUGGAAGUGCCUGAUUGUGUUGCUGAAUUACUUAAACUGUAUGCUGAUGUUAUGCCGCCUGAAUUACCUAAGAAAUUACCACCAAGGAGGGAUAUUGAUCAUCAGAUUGAGUUGCUGCCUGGUACAGUUGCUCCUGCACAAGCUCCUUAUCGUAUGGCUCCUAAGGAAUUGGUUGAACUACGCAAACAAUUGAAUGAAUUGCUAGAUGCUGGAUUGAUUCAGCCGUCUAAGGCUCCAUAA